AUGCGAGAAUAUCCAGUAGGUCUUCAUGCGCUGAUCUUGCAGGNNCGCCGCGGUAAUGCGAUCGUUGUCUUCGAUCCCGAGUCGCGACAAUUGUCGUUACGUGGUAACCCACAAACAGCCAUUGGAGGCCUCGACCUUCAACAAUGUCCAUACUGCCAUCGGCCUCUGAGCAAUGACGCGGAUCCACAUCAGUAUGAGUCUGAGGAUGAGGGAGCUGCCUCGCAUAACCAGAAUGCCUUUGUCAAUCCGGAGUACUUUCGCAUGCUUGCGCAUAGUAUACCCAACUCAGCAGCAACCUCCAGACCCGCUUCACCGCUAAAACAGCUCCCAGACUUGCCACCUGGUAACUCCAAGAAAGCUGAUACUCCGACUGGUGCAGAGUUUGUUGGCAGUGCUCCUUCACCUGGCACGAAUAAUCAAGGCAUCAAAGACGAUAGCUUCCUGCCAAACUACUUCAAACAUUUCUUCGUUGAGAAGCGCGAACUGGGCCGUGGUGGUCGUGGAGUCGUCCUUCUCGUUGAGCACUUUCUGGACAAGGUCUUCCUAGGAGAAUUUGCCUGCAAACGAAUCCCAGUCGGCAAUGAUCAUGGCUGGCUGGAAAAGGUUCUCAUUGAGGUGCAAUUGCUCCAAAGACUCACCCAUCCGAACUUGGUGUCGUAUCAUCACGUCUGGUUGGAAGAUGCACAAAUCACCAAUUUUGGACCAAGCGUACCGUGCAUCUUCAUUCUACAGCAGUACUGUAACUCGGGAGAUUUGCACAACUAUGUCCUCGGCUCGACGCAAACCACGAGUCCGACCGAAGUCUUGAAAGAGCGUAUGAGGAGACGAUCAAAGGGAUUGGCAGAACGUCCGAUCAAUCUAGGGGGUCGCACCAUGAACUUUGAUGAGAUCUUUUCCUUUUUCCGCGAUAUCACAUCUGGGCUGCAUCAUUUGCACACCAACGGCUAUAUUCAUCGAGAUCUCAAGCCGUCGAAUUGUCUUUUGCACAACGAUGGCCAGAAAGUGUCGGUUCAUGUUUCGGAUUUUGGUGAAGUACAAGCCGCCAACGAACAGCGUACUUCAACUGGCGCAACAGGCACGAUAUCGUAUUGCGCUCCUGAAGUACUGCAAAGACAAGGCUCAGGUUUUGGCGAAUUCACAACCAAGUCCGACAUCUUCUCUUUGGGCAUGAUUGUUUACUUUAUGUGCUUUGGUCGACUACCUUAUCAGAACGCGGAUGCUGUCAACGAUGAGAACGAAGAUCUCGAUAAGUUACGUGCUGAAGUUUCAGCCUGGCAUGGAUUUGACGAUGUGACGCGAGCCAGGUCAGACCUACCAGAGAAACUCUACAAAUUUUUGAAAAGACUCUUGAGCCCCAAUCCAGCAGAAAGGCCUAGCACAGAACAGAUCCUGCAGGCCAUCAAGGCUGGAGGCGAAAUCGAGGAUAUACCGAUGAAUGCCGCAAGAACAGGAGGAGAACAGUCUCCAGACCUCAGCAAUAUGAGUUCCCGCAUCUCGUCUAUUGACUCACCUGUCCCGAGGAAACCCACACGAUCCAAUACGAAUCCGAUGUCUUCUAGACCAGGUCUAUCACAAUUGGCUAGACAUCAUUCUGGCGAACUCGUGCAUUCGAGAAGUCCACCACUACAACCCCGUCGCUUUAGGAGGGACGUUAGCACAAGCACGAGUACCGAUACAAGUACUCCAUCACCUCCAGAUACUUCGACACUUGCUUUCCGUGGCACACCACCACUUACCAAACAGCCUACGAGACUGAUGCUUCCUCCCCCUCCACCCGUCCAACCUCGCAGACUUACCUCUUAUCCGUCCCUUCUUCUCUGCUUCAAGGUUCUCCUUNUUGGUUUCAAGCUCUUUCUGCUUAGUUAUCCUUGCUCGCCAUUUGCAGCUCAAGCGUGGUUACUGUAUCCACUGAUGGGUCUUGCCGUUCUGGAUCUUACGGUGUGGAAGAUGAAUACGAGGGAAAGUCUGCUGUUGAUGAUCACGCAUGUGGUCAUUGUGGCGAUGGCGAGAAGGUGGAAUAUGCUUUGCAGUGAUGAUGGAUCGAGGUGGAAGGCAGAAGGUCUUUACGAGGGGCUUUGA